AUGCUGCCCGCACUGCUGCUGCUGGUGCUGGCGGUGGUUGGCCCGGCUGCGGCGCGCAGGCACGCGCCUGACCUACGCGAGGAUGAGCCCGCGCGACGCACCACACGACCUGCCGGUGAGUGCUGCACAUACGAGCAUGCUGCAUUAGUGCCAAUGAUAUCGGCCGACGUAAUUAAAUGCACAUCGAUCAUUCUCAUCUACAAAGCGUCACCAAACCGCCGGCACCGCACACUCUAG